GUGUCCGGGCAGUUGUUUGAGACUCACUGCGUUGCUACGUCUAACAAACACACACGCGCACACGCAGACGCACACGCAGACACACGCAGACACACACACAUAGACACACACACGCAGACACACACACACGCAGACACACACACAUAGACACACACACACAGACACACACACGCAGACACACACACACGCAGACACACACACAUAGACACACACACACAGACACACACACGCAGACACACACACGCAGACACACACACAUAGACACACACACAUAGAGACACACACACGCAGACACACACACACGCAGACACACACACACAGACACACACGCACACACAAACACACAGACACACACACAUAGAGACCCAUCGACCGUCGACUAUCUCACAGCUUCUGGAGGACGACGUCUCUCCCCGCUCGCCUGCCCCGCUGCUCCCCACGAAGUUUCGUGGGAAGAUAUUCCACACGGGACAGGGCUGCGUGUCUCUGUGUGCACGCAUGGCGGUGCUGUGUCCAGGCUGGGCCCUGGUGAGUCUCGGCACGCUGAGUGUCGUCUCGGGAGUCGUCGCUUUCUUCCCGGGACUCAGCCUGCAGACGCAGCAGUUCGUGGCGUGGAGCAGCCGCGUCGCCUGCCCCGUGUGGGCCGGACUCAUGGCUGUGUGCGCUGGCGCUGUGACUGUGAGAUCCGGACUCAGGAAGCGGACUCGCUCACUGGCCGAGGCUUCGUGUGCUCUCUGCGUGCUGAGCGCGGCCUGCAGUGUCCCCCACCUGUCCCUGGCGCUCUGCUCGCUGCUCAUGGGCCCCCUGUGCCGCUACUCGCACGCCGGCGUGGCCGGCACCGCCUACCUGGGCCAGGCCGUGCGCUGGCCAUACCCCUACGCCCUGUGGCAGGAGACGAGGACGUACUGCGUGGAGCCGCUGGGUGCCGAGUGGCAGCACCUGGCGCUGCAGGUUCUGGACGCGACGUUGUCCACCUCCGAGUUUGCGCUCGCACUCGCAGCCUGCGUGGGGCAGGGACGACGCCUGUUCCGCUCGCGGAACAAGGUGCGCAACCACGUGUGGUGAGUAACCACGCGUGGUGAGCGAACAGCGUGGUGAGCGUGGCACCACCACGAGGAGGAGGAGGGGGGGGUGGAGACGCUGGCGCGAGACCCUCCGGACCAACGCUUCAAGUGCUCGUCUCCUGCACGCGUCACCGCUGCUACCCCCCCCAACUCCCCCGUCACACACAGAGACACAGGACACACACACACAGGUACACACACAGACACACACACAGGUACACACACAGACACACACACACAUAGGUACACACACAGACACACACACGCACGUACACACACACGCACAGCUACACACAACAGGUACACACACAUACACACGCAGGUACACACACACACGCACUCAGACACAGGCACACACACACGUACACAUACACAAACAGCUACACACACAGGUACACACACACGCACAGACACACACACACAGACACACACACACAGGCACACACACAGGUACACACACACACACACGCAGGUACACACACACACGCACUCAG